GCGUGGAUCACAUGAUGCACAUGUUUAACGAUACAGCAGAAAUUCAGCCAUGUUUGUUUUGAAAUGGAAUUUACAUAAAAACUUUACUAUUUGCUAAGCGUAAACUGUUUCGAGGGCAUAUAUAUGCUCCCGAAUUUCUACAUACUAAUGACAUCAUAUCAAUAUCAUUUACGGAUUAAUUAUGAAAGAAUUUGCUACGAUAUUGAGCGUCCUAGUUAUUUGCGCUCUUACUGUUGUUAACACUGUACAGUGUCAAGGAAUAAAUAACGUAGAUGUGCAAGCGCUCGAAAUAACAUCCGAAGCGGUUUUUCGUUAUGCCAAAGUCUUCAUCAGAAGUUUGAUGAUAAACCGGAAUUCAGCGGAUCAAGAAGUGGCGUUUCGGGUUCGUCUACCAAAAGAAGCGUAUAUUACAAGUUUCGUAAUAAUAACUGGCGGCAGGAGGAUCAAAGCUAAAAUUACAGAGAAGAUAAAUGCGCAAGAUGCUUACGACAAAGCAAAAAAAGAUAAUGUAACAGCAGGACUUGUGAGCCAGCAAAGUAUCCGCGUUGAUUUGGAUUUGGAAAUAUUCAGAAUUGAUGUCAACGUUGCUGCAAAUGCUGAAGUGGAAUUCCUAUUAGAAUAUGAAGAGUUUUUACAUCGUCAUUCUCAAAAAUAUUCUCAGAAGUUAUUUAUUGACUCUAAUCAUGUGAUUCCUAACUUAAAAGUGAGGUGUAGUUAUAAAGAAAAACAAAAGUUUAAAUAUCUUUCAUAUAAGACUCCCUAUCUGAAACAACGAGUUUUUCCUGAAGAGGGUGCAUUGUCUCACGGAAAUUAUUACGUUCAAACUGUGCAGUGGAAACCAAGUGAAACGGAACAAGAAUUAGCAGUUGAGGGUCUUAAAAAGCCUUUCGAAGUUGAGUAUGAACUAGAAUUGGAAGACAACGGUGGAAUGGUAUUUAUCAACAACGACGGAUAUUUUGUUUACUUGUUUUCGGGUCCAUGCACGGAGAAUAAAAUCAUGAGCAAACAAAUUGUUUUUGUAAUUGAUAUCAGCGGCUCCAUGAGUGGUAACCCCAUACAGCAUGUGCGGUUAGCUAUGUCAUCCAUUCUUUCACAACUACGAGAAACAGACUAUUUCAGUAUUGUCAUAUUUAAUGAUAUUUCAACAAUGUGGAAGACAAGCUUUCAGAGGGGAAGUUCAGAAAAUAUAAAUGCAGCAAAAUCAUUUGUUUUUGAUAAUGUCAUAUCGAAAGGAUCUACAAAUAUCAACGAUGCUUUGCUUCAAGCUAUCGAUUUGUUUGGGACGUCUAAGUCGGUUGAAAGAUAUGGUCAAAUCAUUGUGUUCCUUACUGACGGGGAACCUUCCAUUGGUGUAGUACAUCCCAUACGUAUUAGAGCAAAUGUGAGGAACAAAAACCAUGUGCGCAGGAAAUGUUGUAAAACGACAAUUAAUACUAUUGCAUUUGGUCGAAAUGCCGAUAUAGAGUUUCUACAACAAAUCGCGUAUGAAAACGCAGGUACUUUGACAAUUAUAAAAGAAACUGAUAAUUCAUUAGCAGAAUCUGAAUUAGUUUCCACCUACAAUGAUAUUAAAAACCCUUACUAUAAAGAUUUGAGAUUCGAUUUUGAAGUUGCGGGGAAAGGUUUUGUGACCGACAUUACACAAAGGAGUUUGCCAUUAUAUGAUUGUGGAAGUGAAAUUGUUAUAAGCGGUUCAACAUUUCCUGGAAAGGACAUUUUCCCAACGGUGAAAUUAAUAGGUGCCCAAAAUGAUAUUACUUUUAACAACGUUCCAACCGUUUUGAUAGUUGGCAACGAAGCAAAUAUGCUGACGCGGUUGGCUGUGUAUCAAAAGGUGAAACAUCUUUUAAAAGAAGCUGAAAUAUCCCUUGAUAGAUAUCAACGAAAUUAUGCAAAUAAAAUGGCACUGAGACUAGCUUUGCUAUAUAGGUUUGUAACGCCAUUUACUUCUCUUAUUGUAACUGAUUAUGCAUCAGCUGAAAAUGAUGACUUUAUGUAUUCUGAUUAUGGUUAUGAUAUGGUACCAAUUUCAGCUAAUUCGCCUACACGACGGUCAAAGAAUAGACAUGUAUUAAGGUCAGAUAGACCUGCUUCAAGGUCAGAUAGUUUCAACAGAGACAGUGUCAACAGCUGUAGCACAGUUUUUGUCAAUUUUGGCUUUUUUGUCAAUUUUUAUCUUCUGUUAAAGCUGAUCAUAUGAAGCUACCAAGAUGAAUUUUUUUUCGUUGUUGACUACAUCUUUCGGAUAUUACAUCCAGAUGUUGAAUAUUUUAGGUCAUGAUUUUGCAACUACCGUCAGGAUUGUAUAUACCAACAAUGUAUUUUCUUUUAAGUGCUGUUUUUGGGAUAAAUUACUGGAUAAUUCUUAAGAACCUGUUUAUUGUAGGUGUGUGGUGUAUGUACACAUUUUUUUUCAAAACAUAUUUAAAACUUGUUUCGUCAGCAUAACUAAUUCUUUUGAAUUUUAUAAUUUUUAAUAUUUUACAUUACCUUCUGAUUCAUAUGUUUUUAAUGUUUAUUCAACAUGUAUUAUAAUAAGCUAUGGUUAUUGAUACAUUUUGCAUAAAUACAUUUCAAAAGUGAAUACUUUUAAAAUAAAAAAUCGAUAAUUGUUUUAAUGCAGUUUUCUCAAAAGUAUAAUUUAUUACUGCUUUGUUUAAUUAUCAUCAUGAACAUUAUGAUUAAUGCUAUUAUUUAAACGUAGAAAUAACAUAAUUUUGCAUGUUUAACAGUUAAUACUUUAGCCGAGUAUCUUUUUUAAACUUCUUGUUUCUAAUAAUUAAUCUGUCACAAAAGCAGAAAUGAUAAUUGUAUAUAGUUUAACUUGCAAUUAAGUUGCUAAAAGGCAUUGAAUAUAAUGGCUAUCAUGAACAUUUAGUCAAAUUGUUUAGUCACAUUUUGUGUCAUGUAUCUUCAAGACGAUAUGUAUAUAUUUAUAAAGUAAAGUCGUACCGUGGUAAAUAUACAUGUAGAUCACUUUUCAUUCUUUUUAAUUAUCAUUCUCUUUUACUAAAUAUUUUUAUAAAAAAAAGUAUGGAUUAGUGUUUAUUCUUUUUAACUCUUACUUUUUUCCUAAAUAUUUUUUUAAUCUGAUAUAUAUGUAUAUAAUUAUGAUUUUAUUUCAUGAUUGAAUAAAGUUUGUCUUUUGUUGUCUUUUGCAUUAAACAUUAUUGUCAGAUUUAUUAACCCGCAUUUAUAAUUGUUUUUAUUACUUUAUGCAUAGUGACUUUGUGUAGAAAGUGUGGUUCACUAAGAAAUCCAUGUAUUGCUACUUCAAGUACCAAUUACUUCAAGUAAACUGGCUGUAUCCCUCAUUCUACUUCAAUUAAAUUUUCUAUUACAAGUCAGCGUCUCUUCUGUUAUUUAAGUUACUAAUAGUUGUUUAGAAGAGACGUUAACUUGGUGUUCUAUUAUUUGGAGCCAAAUACUUGCAUCAAAAUGUAUCAGUUAGUCAGCCCUGGAACAGACGACUGCUGUCUAUAGAACAAAUCCACGACAAACAUUUUUGUAUGUGUUUCUAAUGGCGGAUUUACAUAAGUAAAUUCGAACGAAGUGUACACAACGGAAUGAAUUUGAUUUAUUGAUAUUCAGUAAUAUUAAAUAAAUUGGAAUAUUUUAUUGUUUUAAUGAUGAUUUAUAUAUUUUCUAUAGCAUUUUAUAUUAGUAACAUAAUAAAUAAGUUCGCAAUUGAAUGAAAUUUAUUUUUUGAUAUUCAGCUAUAUUCAAUUAAUGAGUAUAAAUUCUUAUUAUUUUAAUGAUGAUUUAUAAAUUUUAGCAUCUUAUGUAAAUAACAUAAUAACAAAAGAAUUGAAUUUAACAAAACACCAAUAAUUUUGUAUAAUUCCAAGUUAUGUUUAACAUACCGUAUUAAUAUAUAUUUAUGUUAGUGAAUCAUGCACUAUGAUUUAAAUUGUUUCAUUUCAUGUAUAUUUUAUACAUUAUUUAAUUGCUUAUAACGUGUUUAUAAUGAAGUGGCCAUAUAUUAUAUACAAACAUAAUGUUUUGUCGACUUUCUUUAUUAUAUUAAAUAUUAAUUAAAAGA